AUGUUCACUAACAAUACAUUCUGUGAGAAUCUCUUAGGCUCAAUUCUCAUUUGUAUUCCGCACACAUCCAGCUACACGCCUCGGAACUACAAUGGGGUGGUGAUGGUGGUGCGAGCGAUCGAGAACGAAGACAACUACAACUACAUGACGGACUGGUCCUUGCAUUGCCCUAAGGCCGUGUACCACGACAACCCUGGCACACACUUCACCUGUCUCAAGGGUGACAAUGGGGCCAAGAUGGCUUCUCUGCUGUCUGUGGCCCUGGAGGUAGCUACCUACAAGCUGACGAACAUUCCGCGCGAGGGCGGUGACGACCCAAUUGUGUUGGGCUAUGGCGAGUUUGACUCGUACACCAAGUCUCAGAAGCUAUACGUACCCGGACGUCAUCGAUCGAGUUCUGUGAAGACGGUUGGACGGCUCAAGCUGUUCGCUCCAAGCGCCACUGAGGUGGGGCAAUUGGAUGCCAGAUCAUCGGCUGUCUCCCUACUUGAAGACGUGGCCAAUCCUUAUCCUAAGCCCGAGAUAUCAUUCG